CUCGAUGCGAGGCAGCGCGUGCUUUCAUGCGUGCGAAGAACGGAGCAAGCGGUACCGGGACCACGGACAAUCCUGGAUGUCCACGACGUCCUGGUCGUAGGCAUCGCCGCGGCAAUCUGUUCCCGCGGGGACUGUCCUGGACCAGUUCGGAAAGUGGUUACGGACGUUGGUGUCCCGCCGUUGCUGUUGCCACCGCCGCCGCCGCCGCCGCCGCCGCCGCCGCCGCCGCCGCCACCGCGGCCGCUGCCGACCACGCGGCACACACACGCACUCAUACACGUACGAAAAUCGCGUAAGUGCGACAAAGAGGAGUUGCUAUCGAGCGCAGCCGAGCGCCCACGAGGAUCCGCGAUCGUAACUCGAGGCGUCCUGGCGCGCAGCCGAUUGGUCGACGGCCCGAGAAAGUGGUCACCUCCGACGAGGGUUCGAACCGGGCCGCCACGUGAGUCGAGUGCAAUAUCGCGAGACAGAAUCGCGCGCGCGAAUUUUCGACCUCUCGAAGGAUUUAUGACUUUUCGCGCCCGAGAGGCGUAAAUUGACGUUCUAGUGGAAGCGUUUCGAGUAAUAGCGGCUGUUUUCAGUGGUCGGACCGGCCGGAAGUGUCGUUUGGUACCGCGGUACCAAAUACGCGCGAACUUGAAGAACGCAAUGAGGUCAUCCGACGAAACUUUAAGGUGAUGGAAAAUGCGCUGCUUGUCGCAUUUUACAACUCGCACGGAAGAUCACGCUAUUUUGGAAUAGUGCGAACGCUUUGCUUCCGACAAUGUUCGUUGUGGAAGAAAGAAACUACAUUGGGGAGGAUCUCGCGCCAUUUCCAUUUUGAAAUGGAACUGAUAGAAGCCGCGUGAUUGGGAGGAACACUCGUGAGAACGUAUCGUCAAAACUCACAAGACUUCGAUUGCUCGCCGAGUCACGUUCGUAAUAGAGAAGCGGUGUUGUGUCUUUAAAGAACUUGAUACACCGAUUGGUCUUGAGAAUCAUUAAAAGUCAUCUUGCGAGUAUUCUUGCAUUUUGAAAUACGAGAACCCGUUUUUGUACUUCUUCGCGCUUCGCUGUACUAAGGCUUAGCGUAUCUGUGUAUUAUUCACGUAUAAAAGUAUUUAGUAAUAAGAGAUCGAUUAACCAGUUGGCGCUCUCGAGUCGAGUUUGACAUUUGACGGAGCGCGCAAGUGCAACGCCGAUGCUCCGACUUUGCCAUCGAUUUACUUAAUUUCUGGCACAGUUUGCGAAGACUGACACGUUGACGUUGUCGCGCUCGCCACGUGAGUGAUCGAUCGCGACCUAGGGCAACGUUGCGCACGCCGAACGCCUGAAGAAGCGCGCGCGUGGCCACGCUCUUUGACUCACCCGGAAACGAGUUGCCGGUGAGAAUAAAGGAUCACUUUGACAACAGUAACCGAAGUGCGAAGGAUGGGGAUAAAUUAAAUUUCGGAGAACACCCGCGUUUUCUUCGUGAGCGAGUUCCGAUUCCACGUUUCCACGAUCGCCGAUACUCGUCGAGACAAUAAUCGCGCCUAAACGCAUUUUUCGCCGAGUUUACGAAAUCGGGCCGACGAGAAGUUGUGUUCAUCUACGCAGAAGUUGCGCGGUGAAACUCAUCGAAUGUAACGUGUGAUUAUAUCAUUAACUUCGGUUAUCGGCUUGACGUGAGCGUGGAAACGUUUUGUCAGUAGUUAUUAUCGAGCACAUCCGGAACGAACAUUAUUUCAUAAGGAUUUCGCAACAGUCGCGAGCUAUUGACACGAGACGCAUGUUCUGGUUUAGCGCACGAAAUUUUCCGAACGCUGAAAAUUUCGCGUGUUGGAAAAAGGACGCAAAAGUUGAAUUGUAAACGCGUUUUAUUCGACAUUAAUCAACAAGGACGGAUAAUUUGUUAAGGACCGCGCAGUGACUUGGUGAAUUUAUCAGUGAGAAACGGAGGGAGAAGGAAAAUACAAAAAGUAGUGCGUAUUCCUACAAAAUAACGAAAAACUCUAGGCCGCGGGAAAAGUGUACCGGGCAUUUAAAGACUGUCGCAACUUGGAUCAAGCUGGAUUCAUGUCUCAGGACAUAAGGAAGCCUGAAGGAGCGUAGAUGAGUUCUACUGUCUGCGUCUUCGGUGUGUUUGAAACAACGGCAGAACCAACGGAUUGCAGUGGCGGGACAUCGACCGAACGAGCUUCCAGUUCUAUGCUGGCGAACUUUUUCGGUACGACCUGGGCUUGCGUCGGGGUAGCUAGUGAACCGUCUCUCGGUGACGAGAAAAAGAAUAAGACGGGGAGGCAGUCGGCGAGGAAGCGGGCGAGUUCGCGCGCAAGAAGAAGAAGAGGAGGUACGGAAAACGUAGGCGCAAGCGCCGUAGGUGAUGUGAGGCUGGCGCCCGCCUCACGUUUGGGGUGAUGCCCUCCAGUGAGCCCCAUCCCCCGUACCACCUUCAGCACCGCAACAUUCCUCCCUCGCAUCUACAGCAACACACGCCGAGCGCGAUCGAGCAUCAGCUCUUUCAGCAGCUGGUGGCGCAUCAUCAUCAUCAGCAGCAGCAACAGCGACAGCAGCAACACGGCGGACCCUUCCAAAAUUCCACGUACGCGCAGCAGAAGCAGGAGAUGAGCCCGGAGGAGGAGGGGGGCCGAGGGGGUGGGUCCCCCCCUGCGGCUGGGGCUGCGCUACAUCAGCCCCAUCACCCCCGCACGGCUAGUCCACCUUCGGGCACGGAACCCUGCACCCGCGACGCGAUACCAACACCCACCCCCAUCGCGGACACCACCACCACCACCACGGCCACCACUAUGACGAUGCAGUCGCAGGGUCAGCAGCAACAGCAACAGCAAGGUCCUAGUCCAAGCCCGAGUCCGACGGGCGGCGACGUGGAGAAGUUUGACGGAAAAAUCGUUUACAAUCCGGACGGGUCGGCCUACAUUAUUGAGGGCGAGAGCGAGCUCAGCGAGGAUGACUCUCUCCCGGACGGUUGUAUCGUAGAUGGGCGCGGUGUAACGGUUCCUCACUCCUUAGUUUUCCCGCAAAUCGCGAGUGCGUAUUACGUGUCGCGGUUGUACGCGCAGCAGGCUUACCAGCAACAGCAACAGCAGCAGCAACGUUCGGCGUCACAACAGCACAAUCCUGAUCUUCCCGUAAUGCAUAGUUACCGGGUGAUCAGUUAUAGAAGUGCGGAGGGUAGUAAACAGACACCUCCGGCGCCCGCGGCGCCGCCGCCGCCCGCUGCAUCGGUACCCGUCAAACCUAUUUUAAUGUGUUUCAUAUGCAAGCUCAGCUUCGGAUACGCCAAGAGCUUUGUCGCGCACGCCCAGGGCGAGCAUCAGCUCGCCUUGAUGGAAGACGAGCGGCAGAUACUUUCCCACUCGACGGCAUCGGCUAUUAUUCAGGCUGUCGGUAGGGGAAAGCAGCCGCUUGUUAGCUUUCUGGAGCCCGUUACCAGCUCGACCUACGCUCAGGCGUCGCCCGCGCAAAUGCAAGGUCAACAACGUGGCGAAUCUAACGAGCACGAGACAACGCCGACAACAACGAGUACACCGGCUAGCACCCCUGGCGUACCGAGCAGUCCUCAGCAACAGCAGCAACAGCAACAAUCGCAUACGCAACAACAGCAGCGGCCUUCGCCGAGCACGCCCACCACACCUACGUCGCACUCGAAUCAUCCUCUUACGUACAAUCAUCAUCAACAGCAACAUCAGUGGACCGGCGCACAGGUGAGCGCUGCGUCUUGGGCCAAAGCACCUGACGCCAUGCAUUACAGUUCACCGCCGCCGCCGACUUCAUCCACUAAGGGAUCCCCGUCUUCGUACGCCGCGCUUACCCAAGCUCCACCCAACUUUCUCACCGGUACUACGAUAGGCGUCUGUCCGGAACAUAUGCAGGGCAGGCCAAGCGGGGUGGAAUGCCCCAAGUGCGAGCUUAUACUCGCUAGCAGCCGGCUCACUGGUCCCGGCGGAGCGCUCGCCGGCAUCCACAGCCGGAAUUCUUGCAAGACCCUCAAGUGUCCCAAGUGCAACUGGCACUACAAGUACCAAGAGACCCUCGAAAUACACAUGAAGGAGAAACAUCCGGAGAGCGAAACCUCGUGCAUCUAUUGUAUCGCAGGUCAGGCGCAUCCCAGGUUAGCGCGCGGCGAAACCUACACCUGUGGCUACAAGCCGUAUAGAUGCGAAGUGUGCAAUUAUUCCACCACGACAAAAGGUAACCUCAGCAUACACAUGCAGAGCGACAAACAUCUAAAUAACAUGCAAGAAUUGCAGCAGGGGAGCGGAGGCGGCUCCGGCGCUAGUAAUCCCUCCUCGUCUCAGGACGCGCCGAUGCCAACGCGGAGUCCUCAUCAUCAACAGAAUCACAGCCCGCACAUAUCCACCCAGGGCGGCAAUCAGAGCAAGCCGAAACCUACGUUUCGCUGCGACGUGUGCAACUACGAGACAAAUGUCGCGCGUAAUCUAAGGAUACACAUGACGAGUGAGAAGCAUACGCACAAUAUGCUCGUGCUGCAACAAAACGUCAAGCAUAUGCAGACAUUGUCCGCGCUCACCCACCACCAGCAGGCGCAACACCAUCAUCAGCAGGCGCAACAACACCAACAACAGCUCGAGCAAUUGCUCCACUUGGGCGGCUUGGACAAACCCCAACAUGCGGAGGCGGCGUUGGCCGACAUGGCUUACAAUCAGGCGCUUCUGAUACAAAUGAUGACCGGCGGUCAGCUGCCGCCGCAGCUUCCACCGGAGCUCAUGGGUAGCAUGACGAACAUGAGCGCCAUGAGCAAUCUCGGCGGUGACGUCGGACUUUCGCCGGAUAGUAUGGAGCCGCCCCCCGAACCCGCGGAUCAAGAUCCAACCCAUCUUUAUCACUGUUGCGUCUGCAACAACUUUGAGACGGACUCGUUGGAGGCCCUCGGCCACCAUCUUGCCGCCGAUCGGACGAGAACUCGCGAGGGUGAGAUACUUACAAUGUUGAACUCGCAAUUCAUUUGCAAACUCUGUUCCUACAAGACCAACCUGAAAGCGAAUUUCCAACUGCAUUGCAAGACUGACAAACAUCUGCAACGUUUGCAGCAUGUAAAUCACGUGAAAGAAGGUGGUCCGCGUAACGAAUGGAAGCUCAAGUAUUUGGCGUCGCCGACGAGCGCCGCGCAAUUGCGGUGCCAUGCGUGCGAUUACUAUACCAAUAGCGCGCACAAAUUAGCACUGCACGCCGCUUCGCCGAGGCACGAAGCCGCGGCGCUCCUGCUUCGCCAUCUCCUCGAGGCGAGUGGCAACAUUCAAGCUUCCGGAAAAUUGUAUCACUGCGCUCUGUGCGGAUUUAGCACACGGCACCGAUUGCCGCUUCUGCAACACGUAAGAUCUCUGCGGCACCUACAUAUGGAACAACUGCAUCAACUACACAGAAGAAGCAGUCUGCAAGGAAACGAGACCCCGCACACGGAUAUCGGCGAUGUAUUUCAGGUGGUGAGCGAUCCCGAUGUGCCGCCUACUCAGCAACCCAGUCCAACCACACCGACGACACCCAACGCUACGAGCACCAACAAUGAACGACGCGAAGAAGGUAGUGAUUGCGGUAGCGAAGUAAAACAAGAACCAGACAACGAUCCAGAACCAGAAGCGGAACCCGAGAACGACCAAGACGAUAUUGCGUGCCUAUAUUGUACGUAUCAGCCGACGUCGCGAGAAGAGUUACGGCAGCAUUUACAAGUAGCUCAUGUUCAAGAUUCGGAAGAGAAAACUGAACCGGUGAAAGAGGAACCGACUGUGGAAUUACAAUGCCCGUUGUGCCAAGAUAGUUUCAAAGAACGCCCCGCUCUAGAGAAACACGUGAUGCAAAUUCAUUCUGUUAACACCGACGGCUUGCAAAGGCUAUUAGUCCUAGUAGAUCAGAGCCAUUGGCUGAACAAUAAUCCAAGGAAUACUUCGACGCCGGCCGUAACGGUUGUCACGACGCCGACAUCGCCCACGACAACGACGAAACUCCAUCAUGAAGAAGAGAUGAGCGAACGCGGUGCCAGUGACGAGAUCGAGGAGAUCACCAGAUGCACGGUGUGCGGCCGAGUUUGCCGUUCCAUCGAUGAACUUCAGCAACAUCACAGGGAAGCUCAUCCGGCGGCUACGCCUACUUUGGCGGUUAGCGAAAAGCACGUUUAUAAAUAUCGAUGCGGACAGUGCAGUCUUGCCUUCAAGACCUUGGAAAAGCUGCAGCAACACUCCCAGUACCACGCUAUCCGAGACGCGACCAAGUGCACGCUCUGCGGACGAUCUUUUCGAUCGGUCCAAGCGCUUCAAAGACAUCUGGAGUCCACUCAUGAUUUCCACGAGGACGAGCUAGCUCAAUACAAACAGAGCUUACUCCACGCGCAUCCGUUGCUCCAAGCGCUGACGGAAGAAACGUUGAGGAGACAAAGCGGCUUGAUGAACGAACAGAACGCAGAGGAUGAUACUAACAGAGGUGAUGAGGAAGAAAGUGAUGCAAGCGAUUCGUCCCCGAUGCAGAAAGAACGUCUGGUAACGUUGGAGGAUUAUCUGAAUAGUCAAACGGUCGCAGAAGAUAGUUAUCACGAUCCAAGUCGGAAAUUCAAGUGCCAUCGUUGCAGGGUGGCUUUUACGCGCCAGAGCUAUCUCACUGGUCACAACAAGACCCUGUUGCACCGCAAAGGCGAAAAGAUGUCUUAUCCUAUGGAAAAAUAUCUGGACCCGAAUAGACCGUUCAAAUGCGACGUCUGCAAAGAAAGCUUCACGCAAAAGAACAUACUCCUAGUGCACUACAACAGCGUGAGUCAUCUGCACAAAUUGAAGAGGGCGAUGCAGGAGCAGGGUAAUAAUAACACACUGAUCUCGGUGAUGCCUCCGGCCAGCCCGAUCGAGUCGCCCGACUCCCAGCAGGACCAGAGUCCAGACAAGAAACCGUACAAGUGCAACAUCUGCAACGUCGCGUACAGCCAGGGCAGCACUCUGGACAUUCACAUGAGAAGCGUUUAUCAUCAAACGCGCGCCAACAAACUGCCGGAUCUCGCCGCCAGCGGCCAACUGGAUCUCGCUCGACCGCUGAUCGAACAACCACCGCCGACGAGUCCGAGCAGUCCAUCGGUCAAUACGAACACGGCAGCGGGGAGCAAUGCAGGAGGAAUGCUCUCUUGUUCACGCUGCAGCGCUUUGUUUGUCAAUCAAGAGCAAUUGGCGACGCAUCAACAACUGUACUGCAUCUUCAGCAAUCCGCUGGCGUUAUUUCAACAAUUGGCUGCGUCACAGCAGCUGACCUCCACCCCUGCCAAGACGCCGCCUCCUGCAUCCACGACACCAGGACCGCCGGGAGUGCAGCAACAUAUGCAACAAAGUACACAGCACUCCACGCAAACCACGCAAGACAUUCUCUCCCAACCGCGACAUAAGACCUCGCAGAUGUAUAAGCAUUUGUUGGAAAGCUUCGGCUUCGAUCUCGUUAUGCAAUUCAACGAGAAUCACCAAAGACGACAGCGCAAAGAGGAAGAAGCGGCUGCCGCUCUUCAGGCACAGCAAGAGCAACAAAAGCAAGAACGACAAAAGCAAGCACUCGCUGCUCAAGCCGCACAAGAAAAAGAGGAAGAAGUUGAAGAGACUCAUACGGACGAUGACGUAAUACCAGAACUUAAGCCCAGUACUUGCCAGCAUUGCAAUAAGGAGUUUAGCAGUGUUUGGGUUCUGAAGGCUCAUUGCGAGGAAGUCCACCGUGAUCUUGUACCCCGCGAAUUUCUCGAAAAAUAUGCUCAACAAUUCAAAUGCGAAUACGAGAAGAAAAGCGUCGUAGUGACUGCUGCAACGUCUUCAUCAACUACAACAGCCCCGAGUAGCUCCACACCUGCCACCGCACAACCCCAAGAUCUCAGCUCUGAUAAGGAAUCACGUGAGAAGGAGAAAGAAGAGAACACUGAGAGCAAAGAACGUAUCAGCCGAACACCAGAGGCCACAUCUACCACUCCAACGACUACUCCAGCAUUGAGCAAUACUCCGGUUUCAAGUACGGACUCUACGACGGCGACUGUGCUGCCUGCUAAUUCGCAGCAUCAUAUUCAACAACAGCAGCAGCAACAGCAGCAGCAGCAGCAACAACAGCAGCAGCAGCAGCAGCAGCAGCAUGCUCAGCUCACAUUGGCGCAGCAGAUGUCUGAAAUGCAAGCUGCUUUGAACGCAAUGGCAGCGUCGCAAAUACAGCAGCAGUUGACACAGUAUCCUGGAUUAAUGAUGGGAAUGAUGGGAUUACCGUUGAACGUUGGAUUGAACGUAUCCGCUUUAGCGGCUAUGAACCUGCAACCACCUCUAGUGCCAAUGAUGUUACCGCCACCGCCGUAUGACGGUGCCACCACUGGUUAUCCAUCCAUCAAUCAAGCAGAUCUCAUUGCCAAGCACAAUCUUGUCCUUCAUCAACAACAAGCAAGCGCAGCUGCGUCACAGAAACGAGCGCGUACACGUAUCACUGAUGAACAGCUAAAAAUAUUAAGAGCACACUUUGAUAUUAAUAAUUCACCUGGUGAGGAGCAAAUUCAAGAGAUGGCCAAUCAGAGUGGAUUGCCAAACAAAGUCAUAAAACAUUGGUUCCGAAACACAUUAUUUAAAGAGCGACAACGUAACAAAGACAGUCCUUACAAUUUCAAUAAUCCACCGAGCACUACUCUGAAUCUCGAGGAGUACGAAAAAACUGGCGAGGCAAAAGUGACCCCGUUAAAUUCAAGUGUAUCUGGUAGUAGUUCCUCUGACGAUAAAAGUCCAAAUAAGCAAGGUACGCCUCCGCCGUCUAUGCAAAACACUAGCGCAUCACAGCCUGCUGAGAUAAAACAGGAGACACUAGAACAAUCGCAGUGCCAACAGCAGCAGCAGCAACAGCAACAGCAACAGCAGCAACAGCAGCAGCAGCAGCAGCAGCAGCAGCAGCAGCAGCAGCAGCAAGAAGAACAACAUCUUUCACCCGGCAGCUCGAGUGGUCAACUAUCACGUCCGCAUUCUCCAGCGCUGAGUAUGAGCUCCGUGUUUUCCGGCAUUCACCAUGAUGUUUCAUCCCAUGCUCCUUCAAUCGCAAACGCUCCAAGCACUCCGAUGUUACCGCCUAAAUUAGCACCUCAAACCUAUCCCAAUCCCGCACCAGGAGCGGGUGUAGUAUCGAAUGCUAUUGCUGCGAUAGCGCUCACUCCACAACGAUCUCUGAGUCCAGGUCGAGGACCAACGGAUUAUUCUUUUGGCGGCAAUAGUAACGGCAGCAAUACCUCCAGUGGCAGCUCCGGAAAACGCGCCAAUCGUACAAGAUUUACCGAUUAUCAGAUAAAAGUUCUUCAAGAAUUUUUCGAAAAUAACGCGUAUCCGAAGGAUGACGAUUUAGAGUAUCUCAGCAAACUUCUCGGUUUGAGCCCACGUGUUAUCGUAGUGUGGUUUCAAAAUGCUAGACAGAAAGCACGGAAGGUCUAUGAAAAUCAGCCCGCCGCUGAGCCUGUAACGACAGGCGGACGUGAAACUGACGACGGAUCUGGACGAUUUCAAAGAACACCAGGAUUAAACUAUCAAUGUAAAAAGUGUCUCCUUGUUUUUCAGAGAUAUUAUGAGCUUAUACGCCAUCAGAAGACUCACUGUUUUAAAGAAGAAGAUGCUAAAAGAAGUGCGCAAGCUCAGGCUGCAGCAGCUCAAGUCGCCGCAGUUCUAAGUUCCGAAGACAGUAACAGCAGCUCAACAACGACUAUAAACACGGUAGCCAAUCAAUCGGCAGCCCCCGCGCUUACCGAACAAUUGCAACAACCGUUGAGCACCGCUACUCCACCUCAACAUCAGCAGCAGACACUGUCGCAGACGCAACAGCAGCAGUCGCAACAACAGCAACAACAGCAACAGUCGCAAACGGAAUCGAAAGAAGGUAGCUUCCAGUGCGACAAGUGUAACUUGAUGUUCGGACGAUUUGAGCUCUGGCGCGAGCAUCAAUUAGUACAUAUCAUGAACCCGUCCCUAUUUCCGGCGUACCCACCCGACUCACCCUUCGGCAUUCUGCAGCAACACGCAAUCAACGCUAGCACACCGGACAACCCGUGUCAUCCACUCAUCGCCAUGAUGCAGAAGAGGAAGUACGAGGAACUCGAGGAGGGAACGGGCAGCGAUAACCGUUCAAACUCGGAGCACAACGAGCAACCGAAAGACAAACGUCUGCGAACCACGAUACUCCCAGAACAAUUGGAUUAUCUCUAUCAAAAAUAUCAAAUCGAAUCUAACCCGUCGCGGAAGAUGCUGGAGACAAUCGCGCGCGAAGUCGGUCUGAAGAAACGCGUGGUUCAGGUAUGGUUUCAGAAUACGCGUGCCCGCGAACGCAAAGGUCAAUUCCGCGCUCACAGCCAAGUGAUCAACAAGCGCUGCCCAUUCUGUCCGGCGCUGUUCAAAGUCAAAUCCGCUCUUGAAUCUCAUCUCAGUAGCAAACACGCCGAUCAGGUGGCACGCGGCGAGGUGAACAUCGACAACAUCCCGGACGAGGAGCUCUCGAUGGAAUCCGCUCCUUCGAAUUCCAGCACACCUCACAUGAUGCCACCGCUGUUUCCGCCGUUUAACAACAGCGACGUGGAAGCGUCUUUGAAGUCUAUGAAAUACUACGAAGAGAUGAAGCGAUACUUUAGCGAAUUACAGGCACACGCCAGUAACGGAAAACAGGAAACGACGAAUCAUCAAACCGGAGGCAAUAACAACAGCGGCGAGUCACCGUUGGAUUUGAGCAAACCGGUCGAUCUCAGCCGACCGAUGAAACUGAGUCUUGGCGGUCUGCUCCUCGAAGAGCAGCACGGCGCUCACUUCCGCGGUGGCAGCGACUGCGGGCCUCUGACAGACUUAUCCGAACGUAGCAUCUGCGACGAUGACAGCAUGAGUGAGACUACGGAGUUUUUGGACGACGACAGUCCGACGAGUCCAGCUUCGAGUACUCAGAGUACGAGACAAGCGCCUGCCAGUGGUGGUACCGGCAAUGUUACCGGACCGCCAGUAACCGGCGGACAGUCCGGUGGCAAUACCAGCCAAUCCGGCGGCAAGCGAUACCGUACACAGAUGUCGGCCACCCAAGUGAAGGUGAUGAAGUCGCUGUUCUCGGACUACAAAACACCGACGAUGGCCGAGUGCGAAAUGCUCGGUCGCGAAAUAGGUCUGCCGAAGCGGGUGGUCCAGGUGUGGUUCCAGAACGCCCGCGCCAAGGAGAAGAAGGCCAGGCUGGCGGCGGGCUUACCGGCCGAGGGCUCGGCCGUCCAGCCACAUCGCGGCCCGACCGGGCCGGAUGAAUGCAGGCUGUGCUCCGUGCGUUACUCGGCCAAGACCCCACUGCAGGAGCACGUAUUCUCACGGCGACAUAUCGAGUCGGUGCGCAUCGCCGUCGAAGAAGGCACCCUCGUGCCGCCGACUCCCGGAGCACCGAUUGUACCUGGCGGUGGUGGCGGCGGCGGCACCGCCGGCGGCGGCGUAUCGGGCAUCGGCAAUUCGUCGGUGGUCGCUACGACCGGUCAGCAAGUCGGUCAACAGCAGCAACAACAGACGGACGAAAACAUGAUGUACGGUUCUGUGUUUCUCCACCCGACGGCAAUGUUCCAGUCACAGCAGCAGCAACAUCCUGCCGGCGCUACGGCCAGCGCAGCUAGCACUACGGCCGUAGCGGCUGCGGGCUUGAGCGGCGGUCUACUCGGGGGCGGUCUGAUGUCACUGCACGUGGAGGGCGGCACGCAGGUACAGGUACCGCGCGCCUUAAUGCAUGCAUUCCUGGAGCAGGACCCGAAUCAUCCGGGGCUGGAAACGGUGCGCCUGCCGACAGCGGGAUGCGGCGGCGCCGAUGAGAGCGCAUCGCCGCCGCAGCAUUGUCGCGAGGUGGAGAGCGAGCUGUGCCUCGUGUGCCGGCGCUGCGGCCGCGCGUAUCCGCAGGAGUCGACGUUGCUGGCGCACCAGCGCUCCUGUUACCUGGGCCAUCAGCAGCGUCGCGGCGCUCUGCGCCUCAUACAGGCGCGCUACGCCUGCUCGUUGUGCGAGCCCGGCGUGCCGGCGCGCACUUACGGCACCGUGAGCGAAUGGCGUCGCCACGCCGAGACGUUGCAGCACCGUGCGCGUCUCGAGGCCGCUCAGGAGCGCCAACAGCACCAGCAGCAGCAACAGCAGUUCGAGGGCGGCGCGCAGUCGGGCGAAGAAACGAACCCGCUCACCGACGAGAUGGAGGACGUCGUCAACCAGAUCACUCUACUGGCGGCGCGUGCAGCCGCCGAAAGCACGACCGGUCAGCCACGCGAGGCCAGCCAAGAGAGGGCCGGCCAGGACAACAACAACGGACCCGACGCCAAACGGCAGAAGCUGGUGCAGGAGGUCGCCGCGCUUGCCGGAGCGCGUUAAACGCUGCCGCCGGAUCGCGCACGGAGGCUGGUCGUCAGGCAUCUCUCCUAGAGAUGGGAAAAGAUAUACGUAAAGGCACCGGAGAACAAUGGGGGAAGAGGCGAGCCGAGACUCUACCGAUAAAAAAGGCGGAAGGGGAUGAAAAACCAAUGGACGUCGCUCGGAGAUGAAAACUCGAGGACGUCACAGUGGACGAACCAAUGUUCCUAACCGGCGAUGAACGAGCAACACGGGAGCACAUACUUCCGGUGGAGCAUCCCGUCGGGGGCAUCUGCCCUAUGGCGGUAGCAAGGGAGCAGGAGGGGGGAAGCACACACAUCAUUUUAACGAUCAUCGGAGCGCGCGACGAUCGUCGAUCUCCUUUCUCUCUUAAUUUUGUUGUUUGUGCACCGUCACUGUAUAAUCACGUGCCCUGCCAUCCACACAUCCCGCCCCUCCUCGCCUCUUGGCUUCCGCCACCGAUUCGCCUAUUAUUUUUGUAAUGCAAAUUCCGCGCAACGCGCGCCAUGAAGCCGCGCGCUCUCCAAAGUUCCUCUCGUAGCACACGAAAGAAAGAAAGAAAAAUUAAGAUAAAUAAUGAAGGUGAAGAGAAGAAGAAAGAAGUGUAAAAGGACUCGGCGAAGGCACGGGUGUCUAGGCGAAAUCGCCCGAGGAACGAUCGUACGAGCGCGAUCGCGAAAAUCCUAAUCUGUUGGCGAGCCCAACGGCCGGUCGCGAAAACAGUCGGCAGCUCGAGCGGAUCGAGUCGCGAUGCCGGGCACACGUCUCGAAACGAUGCGCGCGGUUACAUUUACCAGGAGAGGAGAGUACGGAGUGAGUUCCGGAGGGAAGAGAUAAAAAGAGUGCGUCGUGCGACGCGAACAACGCGCGACGUCGAGGUGGGCUAACUUAAACGUUCCUAUGUAAAGUAAUAAUAAAGAUUUAAAAAAAAAACAGAGUUAACUAAGAAAAAAAGAAAAGAGAAGUAAGAAGAGUAAGAAGCGAACGCUGUGUCAAGAUGCGGCGCAGUAGGGUAGAGAUGGUGCGCGAUGCGCGAAACUAAAAAAACGACCGCCAUUGUUACGAACACGUACGUACAUAUUCAUAUAUAUAUAUAUAUAAAUAUAUACACACACUACACGCAUUACACAUACACGUACAUUUUAUAUAUAUAUUUAUAUAUAUAUAUAUACAUGCACACAAUACCCACCAUGCAUAGAUAUCAGACAGUCUCUCUCUAUCAUUCUCUCGUUUGACGCGCGUGUAGCUUUUCACAAACGUGUAUAUAUGUGCGCAUUUGUGUGCGGGCGUGUAUGUAUACCUGUUUUCGCAAAUCGUUGAGCGACUUUAACGACGAUCUUGAGAAAAAGUAAGAGAAGAAAACAUUAUCGGAAAGAUUUUGAAGUAAAAGUUCAAGAAAUGUAUAUACAUACACACACGUAUACUGUUCUCUGCCACUUUCUCACUCACACAUACUCACAUAUAUACACACAACACGCGCGAACUAACAUUGGGCUCGGCACGUUUUUUAACGUUCCUAUUAAAAUCUAUUGUUUCUUGUAAUUUGACAAAGAAAAGAAAAAAAAGAAAAACGUAACGAAAUGGCGGACGAAAGGGAUAACGACGGUAUAUAAGACGGUAUCCGUCGUCGACACGAUUCGCGUGCACGAACAAGCAAGCAAGACCCAGAAACAUGGUUCCUAUAUUUAAUAAAUUAUAUUUAUUAACGCUAAACAAAUGAUUAGUAAUAA